AUGCAGCAGCUGGUUUGCUAUGCGUCAUUGAGCACAAUUUUAUUUUUGGGCAUUGGUCGCGCUCACUUCGAGAAACAGCCGCCGAGUAAUUUACGCAAAUCAAACUUUUUCCACUUCGUCAUUGCGUUGUACGAUCGUGCCGGUCAGCCGAUUGAAAUCGAACGUACCGCAUUUAUUGGUUUUAUCGAAAAGGAUUCGGAAUCGGAUGCGACAAAAACAAAUAAUGGCAUACAAUAUCGGCUGCAGUUGCUCUAUGCGAAUGGUGCGCGUCAAGAGCAGGACAUAUUUGUGCGACUCAUCGAUUCGGUGACAAAGCAGACAUUUUCCGCAGUCUUCUCGAUCUGUCUGCACCAUCCUGUGUCACCACCAGACAGUUACUAUCCUAUAGUCAUAUAG